UACGUGAACGCGAACGGACGGGGUGAAUUUUUGCUCGGAUCGCGCGUAGUGUUUUGUUAUUUUGCCAGCAAAGGCAAAAGCAAAAGCAACAACAAAGUGUUCGGUAUGCGUGUAAACAGAGUGUCGGUGUUUGUGUUUAUGCCCGUGUCUAGUGGCUAAAAGGCGAAGAGCCACAACGAGAAAAUGUUCAAAACGGCGACAAAAACAACAAUAAUUUUUGUUUAGUGUUAAAAAGGAAAUAAUAUACACUGUCUAACGAAUUUUACAUAUCAAGUAAAGUGAAAAAAAAAUAAAAUAAAUUUUAAUAUUCCAUUUUAUAACCAAAUUGCGUCAAUAAAUGUAAGAGAAAAUCGCAAAAAUCAUGCAAUCGCUGCAAACGAGAAAAAAACUACAAAAAUUUUUAUUUGAAAAUAAAAGCCAGCAAAAAUAGUAAAAAAUAAAAAUUAAACAAAAGUGAAUUUGAAACGCACAAAAGUUGCAAAACGCCAUUUUUCACAUAAUAAAAAUAAUAAAAGUUAAAGCAAAGAAAUUCAUAAAUAUCUGGAAAAAAAGUGAAAUUAAUUAUAACAAAAGCUAAAGCAGCACAAAAGUGUGAGCGAAAAGUUAAAAAUUGAAAAUCAAAAAAAAAAAAAUAAAUAAAGCAAAAAAAAAAUCAAAAUCACUUCCAUUCAAAAGUAAAUAAAAGUGUUUGGUUGUGCGUCUGAAAAUGACAGCCAACCAGCAAGUGAGCAGCGACUGGGCUGCCAAAAAGCCAGCUACACUAAACACAAUGACAACAAAAACAGCAGCAGCAACAACAACAACAACAACAGCAAUGCUACCAACACAAACAGCCAACGUUAGUUGUGAAGUUAGCGUAGCUAAAGCGAGUCAAAACGCAACAAUAUUUCGAAUACAAAAGCAAAAUCAACAGCAACAACAAGAAGAAGAACAACAACAGCAAACAAUGCAGACGACGUCAUGCAGUAAGCAACAGCAACAACAGUCGCAGCCGCAGAGCAAGCUUGUACAACUACAACGAAAUUUACUCAUUGGAUUAAUUUUAACAGCAUUUUGCGCACAGAGUGUACUUUGUGCCGAUUUAGCCAUAAGCAUACCUAAUAAUCAAGGGCUAGACAAUGUGUUCUAUCGCAUCGACUACAGUCCGCCAUACGGUGAUCCAGCGCCCAAUACAACAAUACCGUCGCGUGAGAUUGGCGAGGAGAUUCAAUUCUCGCACGCUCUGCCCGGCACCAAGUACAAUUUCUGGUUGUACUAUACAAAUUACACGCAUCCAGACGUACUAUCGUGGACGGUGACAAUUACCACAGCGCCCGAUCCGCCAUCGAACCUCUCCGUGCAAGUGCGCAGCGGCAAGAAUGCAAUCAUCUCAUGGUCACCACCCACCCAGGGCAACUACACCUCCUUCCGCAUCAAAGUGCUCGGCCUCUCCGGUGCUUCCAGCUCAUACAAUCGCACAUUUGUCGUGAAUAAUACAUUCCAGCACAGCGUCAAGGAGUUGACGCCGGGCGCCACAUAUCAGGUGCAAGCCUACACCGUUUACGACAACAAGGAGUCGGUGGCGUAUACCAGUCGAAAUUUCACAACAAAGCCCAAUACACCUGGUAAAUUCAUUGUCUGGUUCCGUAACGAGACCACACUGCUCGUGCUGUGGCAACCACCAUAUCCCGCCGGCAUUUACACACAUUACAAAGUGUCCAUUGAACCACCGGAUGCGCUGGAGAGCGUGCUGUAUGUAGAGAAGGAGGGCGAACCACCUGGUCCAGCACAAGCGGCCUUCAAAGGUCUCGUGCCCGGUCGUGCUUAUAAUAUAUCCGUGCAAACGAUGUCCGAAGAUGAAAUCUCCCCACCGACUACCGCACAAUAUCGCACUGUACCGUUACGACCGUUGAAUGUGACAUUUGAUAAGGAUUACAUAACGUCGAACUCGUUUCGUGUGCUGUGGGAAGCGCCAAAAGGCAUAUCGGAGUUCGACAAAUAUCAAGUUUCUUUGGCCGCUUCACGUCGACAAUCAACUGUAUCGAGAAAUAAUGAUGCGAUUGCUUACUUUGAUUUUCGCGAUAUCACCGAACCGGGCAAGACGUUCAAUGUUAUCGUAAAAACCGUUUCGGGUAAGGUGACUUCAUGGCCCGCAGCUGGUGAUGUAACGCUGCGUCCACUGCCAGUGCAUAAUUUACGUUCGUUCAAUGACGACAAGACAAAUACGAUGCGUAUCACUUGGGAACCGGAUCCAGCGAGCACACAGGAUGAAUAUCGCAUAGCUUAUCAUGAACUGGAGACCUUCAACGGUGACGCGAGUACCUUCACCACCGAUCGCACAAGCACUAUCCUAGAGAGUCUGCUACCGGGUCGCAAUUAUUCGCUAUCCGUGCAGGCAGUUUCCAAGAAAAUGGAAUCAAAUGAGACUACAAUUUAUGUGGUAACACGUCCAUCCUCACCCAUCAUUGAGGAUCUAAAGAGUAUACGCACCGGUCUAAAUAUAAGCUGGAAGAGUGAUGUGAACUCCAAGCAGGAGAAAUAUGAAGUACUGUAUUCGCGCAAUGGCACCUCUGAAGUGCGUACCAUAGACACAAAGGACUCACGUUUGGUCAUCACCAAUUUGCAUGCUGGCGCCGGUUAUGAGGUUAAGGUCUUCGCCGUUAGUCAUGAUCGACGAAGUGAACCGCACGCAUAUUUCCAAGCAGUGUUUCCCAAUCCCCCACGCAACAUGUCCAUCGAAACGGUGCGCAGCAACUCUGUGUUGGUACAUUGGGCACCCCCAGAGAAUAGCGAUUUCACGGAGUACUCAAUGCGCUACCGCACAGAGACUAAAGAACAAUGGAUUAAUUUACCCAGUGUCCGCGCCACUGAGGCCGACAUUACCGAUAUGACUAAAGGUGAGAAGUAUACCAUACAAGUGAAUACCGUGAGCUUUGGAGUUGAGAGUCCCAAUCCACAAGAAGUCGUUUAUACCGUACCACCGAAUGAGGUCUCAAAUAUUAUACCUCUGGUGGAUUCGCGCAACAUCACACUGGAAUGGCCCAAACCCGAGGGACGCGUCGAGUCUUAUAUACUUAAGUGGUGGCCCACAGAAAAUCCGAGCAAGGCGCAAACUAAAACAGUAUCUGAGAAUAAAUCUGACGAGUCUUCCACCGUGCGCGUAUUGAUCGGCGACCUAAUGCCUGGUGUACAGUACAAAUUCGAUAUACAAACCACUUCCUAUGGCAUCUUCUCGCGCACUACACACCUCUCCACACGCACCAUGCCACUCAUACAGUCGGAGGUAGUGGUUGUCAAUGACAGACAAGAGGAUGAACGCGACACCAUAACACUAUCGUACACACCAACACCACAAUCGUCUUCGAAAUUCGACAUCUACCGUUUCUCACUCGGUGAUCCGGAAAUAAAGGACAAAGAAAAGUUGGCCAACGACACAGAUCGCAAAGUCACCUUCACCGGUUUGAUACCGGGACGUCUAUACAACAUCACGGUUUGGACGGUGAGCGGUGGUGUGUCCAGUCUACCUAUACAACGUCAAGAUCGCCUCUUCCCCGAACCGAUCACCCAAUUGCAUGCCACCAACAUAACAGACACUGAAAUCUCGCUCAAAUGGGACAUACCAAAGGGCGAAUAUAAUGAUUUCGAUGUACAGUACUUGACCGCUGACAAUAUACUCGCACAAAAUAUAACCACACGCAAUGAAAUCACCAUCGCCGACCUACGUCCACACCGUAACUACACAUUCACCGUUGUGGUGCGUUCGGGCACCGAAUCUUCGGUGUUACGCAGCAGCUCACCACUCUCGGCAAGCUUCAGCACAAACGAAGCAGUUCCAGGACGUGUGGAACGUUUCCAUCCGAUCGAUGUGCAACCGAGUGAAAUCGUUUUUGAAUGGUUGAUGCCCACGAGUGAGGCCAACGGUGUUAUACGCCAAUUCUCCAUCACAUACAUGAAUGUGAACAACGCCACCGAUAUGCGUACACAACAAUUCGAGUCUGGCGAUGUCAGUGGCACUAUACGCAACCUGAAACCGGGCGAGACAUAUAUUUUUAAAAUACAAGCGAAAACAUCUGUUGGCUACGGACCGGAACGUGAAUACAAGCAAACCAUGCCGAUUUUGGCACCGCCACGCCCAGCCACACAAGUAGUGCCCACCGAGGUGUAUCGCAGCUCGCAGACCAUACAGAUACGUUUCCGUAAGAACUAUUUCUCCGAUCAAAAUGGACCGGUCCGCUGGUAUACAAUCAUCGUCGCUGAGGAUGACACUAAAAAUGCUUCUGGUCUGGAGAUGCCUAGCUGGCAUGACGUGCAAUCGUAUAGUGUAUGGCUGCCAUAUCAAGCCAUCGAUCCCUAUUAUCCCUUUGAAAAUCGUUCGGUAGAGGACUUCACUAUCGGCACAGAAAACUGUGAUAAUCGUAAGAUAGGCUACUGCAAUGGACCGCUGAAAUCCGGCACAACAUAUCGAGUGAAAGUGAGAGCCUUCACAGCGCCCGACAAAUUCACAGACACUGCCUACAGCUUCCCCAUACAAACAGACCAAGACAACACUUCGUUGAUCGUCGCCAUCACCGUGCCACUAACCAUAAUUUUUGUGCUGCUCAUCACACUCUUCGCAUUUAAGCGUCGUCGCAACAGUUGCCGAAAGGCUACGAAAGAUUCACGCGCCAACGACAAUAUGUCGCUGCCGGAUAGUGUAAUCGAGCAGAAUCGUCCGAUUUUAAUAAAGAAUUUCGCCGAACACUAUCGUCUCAUGUCGGCCGAUUCGGAUUUCCGUUUCAGCGAGGAAUUCGAAGAGCUGAAGCACGUUGGUCGCGAUCAGUCGUGCACCUUCGCGGAUCUACCUUGUAAUCGUCCCAAGAAUCGUUUCACCAACAUUUUACCUUACGAUCAUUCGCGUUUCAAACUGCAGCCGGUCGACGAUGAUGAGGGUUCGGAUUAUAUCAAUGCAAACUAUGUGCCAGGUCACAACUCACCGCGUGAAUUCAUUGUGACGCAGGGUCCGCUACAUUCGACACGCGACGAUUUCUGGCGUAUGUGUUGGGAGAGUAAUUCACGUGCCAUUGUGAUGUUGACGCGCUGCUUUGAGAAGGGUCGUGAGAAGUGUGAUCAGUAUUGGCCGAAUGAUACGGUGCCCGUCUUCUACGGCGAUAUCAAAGUGCAAAUAUUGAAUGACAGUCACUAUGCCGAUUGGGUCAUGACGGAGUUCAUGCUGUGCAGGGGCAGCGAACAGCGCAUUAUGCGUCACUUCCACUUCACCACCUGGCCCGACUUCGGUGUACCGAAUCCACCACAAACGCUGGUGCGUUUCGUGCGCGCUUUCCGUGAUCGCAUCGGCUCCGAGCAACGUCCAAUUGUCGUGCAUUGCAGCGCUGGUGUGGGUCGCUCCGGCACAUUCAUAACGCUCGAUCGCAUACUGCAGCAGAUAAAGACUUCGGACUUUGUCGAUAUCUUCGGCAUUGUCUAUGCCAUGCGUAAAGAACGCGUCUGGAUGGUGCAAACGGAACAGCAGUACAUCUGCAUUCAUCAGUGUUUGCUGGCUGUGCUUGAGGGUAAGGAGAAUAUUGUAGGUCCGGCGAGAGAAAUUCACGAUAAUGAAGGUUAUGAAGAUGAUGAAGGCAUCGCGGAGUCGGGAAUGUAAAAAAUACUAAAACUAAAGUCAAAUUAAAUACUUUAAAAAACUAUAUUUAGAGCUGAACAAAUGAAAAUAUGACGCUUUACGAACUAAAUUGAUCAAUAAGAGAGAGAAAGAGCGAACGCAAUAUUGUGCAGAACAGUUAUUUUUAGCAAACUAAAACGGUUAAUGCACCGUUGGAGACUCGAAUGUGUGAAAGCGCAACUCAAAGUGAAUGAAUAAAAAUAUUGGAAAGAAAUAAAUAAAUUAGCAGAAUACUAAUUUACAUAAGAGAUAAACAUACACAUAUAAAUAUAUAUAUAAAUAAAUAUAUAUAUGUAUAUAUAAAUAUGUACAUGUAGGGAAUAAAUGGACAACAGUAAACGUACUCGUACUGCUAAGAAUUACAAAAACAAUAAAAAAACCAUGAUGGAGCAUUGAAGCAGUAAACGUUAAUGAAGAAUCUCGCCAACGAAGGAACAAAUAUUUAAAAAAUAUUUAUACUUAAACAAAACAAAAAACACACUUAAUUAAAUAAUUAAUUAGUGAAUGUGCGAAAUAAAGCAAUGUGUAAAGUUUUUUUACAUCAAAUGUAUAAUAUAAUAAAUAUUACAAAAAAAAAAAAAAAUAAUGCUAUACUUAUAUAUUAUGCAUAAUUAAGUAUGCAAUUAAAGCUAACAAAAAACCAUAGCAUUUGGCUAAGUGAAUGUAACAAUAGCAAUUAUUGGCAGCUACAGACGAACUUUUGAUUUUUUUAAUGAAUUUUUAUUUUUUUAUAACCACGAUCAUUGUAUAAAACAAAUUUGAUUUUAUAAACUUUUUUUUGUAUAAAUUUUGUAAAAUAUUGCAAGGUGAUAAUUACAUAAAUAUUUGUUUUAUUUUAUUUAUUUAUUAUUAUUAUUAUUUUGAUGUUUUUUUUAAUUAUUUGUUUUUUUUUAUAUUAAUUAUAUUUUAUAUUGUUGUUUUUUUUAUUAUUUGUUUUUUUUUUUUUAAUUUAAUUUAAUUAUUUUUUGUUUAUGUUUGUUUUAUAUAUAUAUUUUUUUUGUAUUAUUCUUUUCUUUUAUUUAUUUUUUGUUAUUUCAUUUUAUUUUUUUUUUCAAGCACAUAAUUCUCUGUACAACCGCAAUGCUGAACUAUUAACAAAUGUGGCAAAUUUAUAAAUAUAUGUAUAUGUAAAUGCUUAUAAUAAUAUUCUGUAAAUCUUCUUAUUGUAUGAAAGUUAGGCAAUAUGUAUUUUAUAUAAAAAUCGUGUUUUUUUCGUUUGUAAUGUAUGUACUAUAUUUAAAAGUUUUGUAAUUGUAUUUGUAAAGCUGGAAGUAAGCAAAACAAAAUGUUUUAGAAAAAAACAAAGCCAAGAACAAGUUACAAUAGAUUUACUUUUUAUGUUGACUUUAAUUAAUUUAAAUUUAUGCAACUUUUAUUUUAUAACAAUGUGGAAAACAAUUUUUUCUAUUGUAAACAAGCCGAAAUAAAAUAUGAACAAACA